AAGGCAUUGGAUAAGUUGCUGCUAUCAUGCUUCUCGUACUUUAGAGCUAUGUUACGCCGGCGUAAUAUGGCUCAUACAAUCAAGCAAAUCAAUGCCACUUUUGAGUCUGAGAACAAAAGGGCAACAGAUCUUGGCCUUCAACAAAAAAUUGAGAAUGCACCUGCUGCUGCUGAAACUUCCACUGAGACUAAUUCAAUCAUGUAUGAUCCAAUCUUUGUCGGAAGAGAUGAUGAUGUGUCUAAAGUAGUUGACGUGCUGGCCCAUAUUCCCCAAGAUCAGAUCAUCUCCAUCGUUGCUCUUGUCGGAAUGGGGGGUAUAGGGAAGACCACAUUGACUCGGAAUGUCUUCAAUCACAAAAGGCUAAAGACAUUCGGAUCACAUAUUUGGGUUCAUGUUUCUCAAAAUUUUGAUCCAAUCGGUCUUUACAACAAAAUCCAUUCAACAUUGGCUUCAACUACCAGUGAUAGAGUUGAGGAUGAGGAAGUUAUCCUGAGAAAGCUUCGAGAAAUUCUCAAGGCUAAGACUUAUCUUCUUGUUCUUGACGAUGUUUGGAAUGAAGAUAUUCUGAAAUGGGAAGGUUUUAUAAAUAACAUGAAGGGAGUUUCUUCUACCGAGGGGAAUGGCAUUAUCAUCACUACCAGGAGUAAAAAGGUUGCUUCAACUGUUAACCCAUUUUAUAAUCAUCCAGUGAAGGGCUUAUCACAUGAACAGUGCUGGUCUAUAAUCAAAAGAAAAACUUUUGAUGGGAAUGCAGAAGUUCCAUCAGGAUUUGAGACGAUUGGGAAAGAGAUUGCAAAGAGAUGUCAGGGUCUGCCCUUGGCUGCCAAUGUGGUUGGGGGUGUGCUUUAUUGUUGUAAAUCCGAACAAGAUUGGCGCUCCAUCAAAGAAAAUUGGCUUCCGGAUGGUGAAGGAGGUGAGAUUGUCUCAAACAUAUUGAAAUUGAGCUAUGAUAAUCUGUCUUCGCCGUCACUGAAGAAGUGCUUCGCUUAUUGUUCGAUUUUCCCCAAAGGUAGGGUAAUCGAGAAGGAGAAGCUGAUUGAACUUUGGAUGGCAGAAGGCUUUCUUCAACCUAGACAGAGAGAUGAUAUGGAGUCUGUGGGCAAUAGGUUUUUCAAUGUGCUUCUACAGAACUCGUUGUUCCAAGCUAUAGAGGCAGAUUAUCCAAGAGAAGAAAAGUGUGUGAUGCACGAUCUUGUGCAUGAUCUUGCAUCUUCUGUUUUAUCUAAUUAUGCAGAUGGAAGCACUAUAAUUCGAUACAUGUUUCAUGGAGACGAAUCAAUUUAUAGUACAAAAGAAGUAUCGAGGAAUUUGCGUACAUUACGCUUGGGAUAUGGAACUUCUGUUACUAUAUUCUCUGACUUCAAAUGUCUGCAUAAUCUAAUUCUUUCUGGUGAUCAUUUUAAAGAGUUGUCCAUUUCGAUUAAGGAGUUGAUACAUUUGAGAAAUCUCAAUAUUUCCGACACAUCAAUUCACAACAUUCCGGAGUGGAUUGGUGAACUCCACCACUUGCAAACAUUUAGAGCAGAAGUAAAGGGAUUAGAGAAACUGCCAAGUACAUUCAAGUACUUGAUUAACUUAAGGCAUCUUCAUCUACACUCAGAGACAGGGUCAAUUGCAAGGUUAGUGCCAUAUACAUGGUUAGUUACAGAAUUACCUGCGGAGAUUGGGAAACUAACUAGUCUCCAAACACUUGGGCACUUUAAAGUGGGCGAAGAGAAGGGCCGUCAAAUUGAAGAGCUUGGAAGUUUGAAGAAUCUCAAAGGAUCACUAUGUAUUCGGAAUCUUGAAAGGGUGCGUGACAAGGAAGAUGCUAUGAAAGCAAAUCUGUUGCAGAAGUCAAACUUGUCUGAAUUGGUGUUACAUUGGAGUUACGUAAGUGACACUGACAGAAAUGAUGAGAGUGUGUUGGAGGGCCUUCAACCGCAUGCAAAUCUGAAGGUGUUGAAGAUUGAUGGAUUCCAAGGCAAAAGAUUUCCAACAUGGUGCAAGAAGAUGGCAGUACGGGAUGAUUCUCAAGGCUCUUGGGUACAACUUGAUAACUUGAUUGAGAUAUCACUUGUGAAUUGCUGGGAGUGUGAGGAAAUCCCAAUGCUGGAUCACUCAUUGCCUAAUCUCAAAUCUCUUUAUUUGAUUAAUCUGAAGAAGGUGAGGUCCAUAAAUUUUUCAUUGAAAAAUAUAAAAUCUCUCUGUUUAUACGGAUUAAAGAGAUUACAAUGUCUGCGAGAAUCGUUAUUAUGUAACAAUCAAAGUCUCUCAAGGUUAGUUAUUGAAGAUUUCCCUAUGUUGAGUGAAUUGCCAGAUGGGCUGGACACCCUCAAUUCUCUAAAAGAAUUGACCAUCAGUAAGUGUCCAAAUCUGGAGUGGAUUGAGAAUCCAAGUCGUGGAGCGCGAAAAUAUAAAGGAAUCCUCCAUAAGCUGCGAAUUAAAGGGUGUGAAAAGCUGAUGGAAUUGCCAUGUCAAAUUCUGGAGUCGUCCUUACCCACAAUCAAGACACUCGAAUUGGAAGAAUUAAGGAGCCUAAAGAAUCUACCGAUGCUAAUUGACUGCCUCGCUAAAUCAUCUCCGUGCCUCGAAACACUGGUAAUCAGAGGUGUUCCUAAUUUCAUGGCAAGUGGUAGGGUUGAGAGUUGGGAUUUGGGCAGGUUGUGGAGAUUAGAGAUCGAUGUGAGUGUGGAGUGGUCAAGGGAGACUAGUGUUGGCAUUAGAGAGACUGCGGAAGGCAUGCUGCAAGGAUGUGGCAACUCACUUAAGGUGUUACGUUUGAAGUGGGAGGAAAACUGGGAGUGGAUGCCCCAAUCAAUUCAACACCUCACUGCUCUUUCUCGGUUGAAGUUAGGGAAUAUAGGAGCACAAGAUUUGCCCCAAUCAAUUCAACACCUCACAGGUCUUCAUAAUUUGGAGUUAGAGAAUAUAGGGCUACAAGAAUUGCCACAAUCAAUUCAACACCUCACUGCUCUUUCAUCAUUGAGGUUAAAGAAUAUAGGGGUACAAGAAUUGCCCCAAUCAAUUCAACACCUCACUGCUCUUUAUUUGCUGGAGUUAGAGAAUAUAGGGAUACAAGAAUUGCCACAAUGGUUGGGAAACAUCUCAUCUCUGCGGUGUUUAUUUCUAAGUGAUUGUAAUGAAUUGAGAUGUCUGCCCUCCAUGGAUGCAUUGAAGCGCCUCACUCUGUUACGUAUUAAAGAUUGUCCAGAACUAUAUAUUGAUUCGGAGUGGCACAACAAUCCCAAUCUCACAAUCCACGUUUUUGGCAAGCAUAAGACAUGAGAGGUGAAAAUGGAGUGCGUAUGAUGUCGGAAGUGAAAAGCAAAGUCAAGAGACAUUGGUGUGAGUAUAAUAAUUUAUGAGGGAGUAUUUAUUGAAGCAAUGGGAGGGCUCUCUGUCUCUCUAUUUGCAAAGAUGCAACUCCCCUCUUCAUCUCUCAUUUCCAUAUUCUUUCUUUUCCGAUCACACUUAUCAACACUUUCUUUAUACAGAUUCAAUGAUUACACUCAAAUUUAUGAUAGAAUCCCAAUAGUUAUAUGUCAACCGAAAAAAUUGAAAUCGUCUUUUAAUUAAUGAAUAUAUGUCUUAUACCUUAAAUCAA